AUGUGCCAAGGCCUUGGGUCGCACAGAAACCCGACGGCUACGCAAGCGAAGGAACGGGCAGCACGAGGGGACCUGAAUCGUGGUUUGCACGGGGCUUCCCGCGCGAACCACAAGCAGACUUCGCGGAAAGGAAAUGACUUCAUCGCGUCCGGGGUCCGGGGACAGAUCAUCCUCCCGGUGACCGACGAAGAGCGGUCUGCUACGAUGUGGGCGCCCUCGAGGAACCCUGCGUCAGCUGUGAUGUUCCCGCGGUACCUAAGCGUUGUCAAACCCUGUGCGGACCCUACGGUAGAGGGUAGUGCAUCCCAGGAGUCGACACCAGCCUCUGCAGGCCAGACUCCCGUAGUCUUCAACCCAUACGCCCCUCGAGAGAUUUAGAAGCGGAAAAGGUAGCACUUG